UUUUAUGCUUCUCGCACCUGUUUCUUUGGGAAUCCUAAAGUGUAGCACUAAGAUUUUUUUUAUAAAUAUUUACAAUUUUCUUUGUUUCCCGGCAUUUUGAAUUUAGGUUGACGCUCGCUUGGCUUUUAGCGACAUCAGUGAUUGCCAAAGAUGGAAGACUUCCAGGGGCAAGAGCUGAUGUCGCCGUCCCAGCUGGAUGCUGUCUGGAGGGUUAUAAACGACCAGGAACGAAUACACACCAAUAUAAUGGAGGAGCAGCAGCAGAAUUUAGUGGAAAUGUUGACGUUCUGCAGCAGCCUCUCUGCCACGGGCUUCCAGCCGUGCAGCGAGGGGUGGGCCGGCCCACACAACUUCAGGAUGAGCGUCAGCAGCGAGGCUGCCGGGAAGACCUCGUGCGUGUACUCGUCGCAGCUGGACAAGGUGUUCCUGCCCAUGAACGCGAGCCUGCCCGUGCAGUUCAAGUGCGUGUGGGCAGAGCCGGACCUGUGCGUGCGCGCGCUGCCUGUGUUCCUGGAGGCAGACGAGCUGCACAAGCCCGUGAGGCGCUGCAGCCACCACGUGCGCGACAAGGAGGAGACCAACAUGGACUUUGAGUUCCCGGCGCACGUGGUGCGCUGCGAGAGCAUGGACAGCGUGUACACCGAAGACCCCUCCUCGAAGCGCCUGAGCGUGGUGACUCCCCUGGGGACCCCGCCGCCGGGCAGCGACGUGGUCGUGCUUCACUACCGCUUCAUGUGCAAGACCAGCUGCCUGGGCGGCAUGAACCGCCGCCCCAUCCACGUGGUGUUCACCCUCGAGAGACACACGGGCGAGGUGGUGGGACGCGCGGCCGUGAAGGUGCGCAUCUGCAGCUGCCCGAAGCGAGACAUGCGCAAGGAGGAGGAGGUGGCGGCGAGGUCAGAGCAGUCCCCGUCGGCGCUCCCAGGCGGCGAGGCGGCUGCUGACCCCGCGACAAGGCCGCCCAAGGCCAAGAAGAUCAAGCUGGAGCCCGCGAAGCGUGUUCGCUUCAUACCUAUAUUUGGAGACGAAGACUUCUUCAAAGAGUGUGCAAGGUUGUUGCGCACACAUUUCAUCGGCGGGAAAUUAGUGGAGUGCCAACAACUUACCGCGGAGGAAAAGCAGAAUUUGGACACCUUCAACUCUAUCAUUGACAGCGGCCAGGCUAACAUCAAAGAAGAAAUUCAUUCAGAACUUGCUGAGUGAAGUAUGUAUGUAUAUUGUGGGUGCUGUGUAAGUACCUAUAGUGCAUUUAGGUGUGGUACCUCUUUGUAAGUAGUGUUAGAUAUCACGUAUUACAAAGUAUUUUUGUUUUCUUUGAUAGCAGAACUUGCCUUUGUACACGCAGUUCGUGUAGUACCUACUUCUGGAUCAAAAGAUGGUUUUGUUUGUUAACUGUUAUUUUUAUAACAGUGUUUGUAUAUACGUAAUGUAGAUGAGCAGUAAGGUGCCAGUUACUUUUGGGGCCAGAGAUCUGAUGUAAAAUUAAAGUGCAAAAUUCGGAAGAAGCUAUUGCUUUGCUCGGGUAUUAUCCAUGUUGAAAGUGCCUUUUAUCAGUGAUGGGUCAAAGCCAUUUUCUCAAAUCUGAAUAUCAAAUUCGAAUCCCAAAGAGUAAAUUUUUAUGUACCCCUCGGAAGCCGUAUCUAGGUCUCAAGGGUCCAAAAUUAGAGAAAGUAUAAAAAAUUAAAAGAUUACCUAUGUCAUUUAAACAUUGAAACUUUUAAAUUUUUUUUUUUUUUUUUUUCGUGAAAUAAUUAUCCAGAAUCAAUAAUAUUUUAAUUUUAUAUAUAUGUGUGUGUGUGUAUAUACAGUAGAAUCUCGUUAUAGCGAGCACGGUAAUAGCGAGAACACGGCUAUAACGAGGUAUUUUUGAGGAAUUUACGGCGUGAUCGCUUGAAGCGCGCUUUUUUUAUUUGUCUGCUUUAUCUCCACCCCUCUCGCUCGCCACUAGACAUCUUGCCGUUGACGCCUGUCACAUUCUUCAGCCUUGCAGUCGCCACCUAAGUGCGUGGCUUUAAAAAUAGAAUCCCAUCCUUUCUUUCUUUUAUCAAACUUCCGUUAGUUAUCUGUGCCGUGUGUAGACAAAGUUUGAGAUUGGAACAGAAACAACGUAAGAAAGUAUUUUUUUACAAAUUAAAAAUAUGUAUGUUUUUGGUUUUUAAUCGCGUAUAUUCACGUUUUUUGUUGUUGUUAUAUUAAAAGAGAUAAUAUUAAAAAGCCGCUCUAAUGAGAUUUAAUUGUUUCUUGGUUAACAAAAACUUUUAAUUAUCAAAUAUUGUUAAUUGUUUAUAUUCUAUUUAUUAUUUACGCGACGUCAUACUGUACGCGUACGCAAUACGACUGGAUUCGUUGCUGCAACAUAACAUAGCAUGUUAUGCUGUAUCAGAAGUAACGAGUAACGUAACGAUAGUAACGAGUACUAAUUGUUAUAGUUACGAAUACAUACGGGUACACAUUUUUUCGUUAUUUUUACACCUCUAGUAGGCACUACCGUAUUUAUUUCCGAAUCGCUAGGACAGUUUUCUUGUAACUUUUGUUUCGGUCAGUUGUUAGGGUAUCUGUCCGGGAAAGGGGUGGUGAUGGUUUGAGUUUAAUCCCAAAUUUAUUUUCUAAAGAAGUUGACAGGUUUCUUUAAAUGAAAAAAGUAUAGUUUUCCAGCGACUAUUUCGUUUGAGGCGUACGUGCGUUGCCGCAGUGUAAGGAAUUAAAUCGUCGCGCUACACUAGCACCACCUGUUAGCAACAUCCCGAACCAACAUGGCCGCCAGCAGACAGCCCGCGUCGGCAAUAGAUAGCAGGACAAUGCUGCAUCGGCCGCGGGCUGAUAUGCAAUACUUACGUGCCGUGGUAGGGUAAUCUGGUUAUUUUGACGCAAACGGUGAUCGCAUCUGUUCUUAUGGGGUAUCGUUUUAAAGAGAAUUCACACAUCUGCUCACAGAAAUUAAUAUUUCGUUAAUAUAACCUGUUAUUUUCCAAUUAUACAGGUUUAAACACAAUUUUUAUGCUAUUUUCGGUUAAUUUUUAUUUUUUGGGGGCCAAAAUUUGUCCAAUUCGGUUAUAGCGAGGACACAAUUAUAGCGAGGAUCAAACCCGGAACCGUGACACCUCGCUAUAACGGGACUCUAGUGUAUAUAGAGAUAGACGCACACAGCGAAACCCCUUAUUUACGUUACCGUUAUUUACUUUUCCCCGUUAUUUGCACUAUAUUCAUCAGGUCCCGUUUAGUUCCCAUUUAGUCCAAUACAAUACUUUCACGCGAAUUACGUCUCAAAAAUUGAAUCCGUCCCGCUAUUUACGUCAGGUAACAACCAUAGUAGGCCUAAAAACAUUGUGAAAAACGUAACGUUUAUAGUCGGCAAUGAACAUUUUAAAUCGCAAAAUAUACAUAUUUUAAAACAUGAAAAGUUGCUUUUCUUUCUUAACAUAUAAUAAUUUAAGCCUAGGCGUGUAAAAGUCCGAGUAAUUAUAGCAGGAGACAAUCUAAAAUGUACUAGGAAAAAAUGUAAACUCACGAAUGUAUAAACGUAGGGGAAAUGUCGGGAAUAUUACGACUUUACGAGGCUGCUUGUAAGUUGUGAUACUAAAUUUAUGUCACAACUUAGCUGGUACGAGACAUAAACUUCGCAAGAUAAAACGAGCGGAGUCUCAGUAACUUUUUUAUACGUAUUUUAUAGUUUCAGAAAUAUUGUACAGUUGACACAUAUUUUUUAAACUAACCAUUUAUUUCUGGGGAUCGUAAAUAAUUAAUUAUUGGUAUCAAGACAUCAAGAUGAACGUAAACUUGAACAUGUCACGGCAGCGAGAAAACUGGUGCGUAUACCAAUAAACUGGUAUUAGAACUGGACAAAACUGGUACACGGGAGGUGGAGCUUAUAUUUUUUUCCGCUAAGCUCGCAUCUAUUGGCUGGCUGCUGAUGGAACGUCACGAGUCUGGGCGGAGUGUUGAGUGAGUUAUACUGCGCAUGCGCAGCUCAGUCGGUGGCUACGCCGCGCCGAAACAACAGCUGAUUGAGUACAAUGACCUUUCUCCGCGCAUGGCGUGCUAUUGAAGGUAAAUUUCCAAUUUGCUGCCUUUUUUUUUAAUUUUUUUACUGUGGUGCAAUGCGUAUGUGUAAUGUAGCCCGUAUUUGGUAUGAACGCUGCAGGAUGCGACUGUAUUUUAAUUAACUUUAACGUAUUUCUUACUUUUCCCAUUAUUUGCACUUUCCUGCUUUUUACACUUAUUUUCUUAGUCCCCAUGAAAAGUGCAAAUAAGGGGUUUUGCUGUAUAUAUAUAUAAUAUCUCAGGGAAUGGUAACAGGAUAGCUAUGAAGAAACAAAUUGACGUAGUAAAUGUCAGAGGUUAUCAGUGUUGGAUUAUUAAUUCACUUUAUUUCCUUUAAAAUCUUUCUCUUUGACUAUAGAAGAAUCCUUUGAAUAUUAUGGAUUUGAUGGUAUUUGAGGACUUGGUUGGCCGAUCCCUAGUAUGUGUUUCACAGAGGGUUCUGGUUGUAAGAAGUGUUGUGAGAAAAAUAUAUUUUUCCAGAAUGCAUUAAAUUUACUUAUGAAACGAGGGAAAAUAAUUUCAGCUCUGUAUGACACAGUUGAAGUUGUUGCUGGUGCUGUCAAUAUUGGCAUUAUAGAUUAUAGUGAUUAAAGUAUGUAAUGUUUCUGAUAGUUAAUGUUGUCAGAUGUGCCUUUACCAUGUAGAACUUGGUUUCAAGACCAAAUUCAACUGUGCUAGUAGUUUAGAUGUGAUACUGAUAACUUAUCAGUUAGGUAAGUUUCUGUGAGUGUUUAUGUUUAUGAAAGAUACGGACUUGUGGUGCUCUGCACGGUUCUAGUAAAAAAAAAGCGUAGCUUUUUAUUCUUUAAGCUAAACAAAAAAUAUGAAUGAAAACCACGAUAUAGGUAGACCAAUCAUUACUAGCAUCCAGAUCCAGUAAGCGAACAAACACCACUCUCAUUUAAAUUCAUCAAUAUUGGAACUAAUUUAUACAUUAUUCUUGCCAUUUGAGUGUAAUUUGUUCUCCAUAGUCUACAGUUUGAAUGUACUUUGGUUUAUAAUGCAACAUGUUUUGCUUGCAUGCUUUGUUUAUUUGUAUUUGGUCUUUUACGUACGAAUGGCCAGAAAUUUAACAUUCCAAUCAAGGGACUAAUUAUUUUAACAUUAUUAAUGGGAAAACAUAUUAUGGGGGAACAUCUUAAGCCAAUUUUACUGUAGUUCCUUAUUUUUCCGGAAAUAAUGCAACGCUGAAUACAAUGUGACCCCAGACAUUUUGAUUUUGAGUUCAUAAAAAAUACUUUUUUGAAUAAAAAUAAUUCAAACACACACCAAUUAAAAAUUAUUUAAAUUAGUAAAUUUAUAUAUUUACUACAGCUUUUCUGGUGACACUUUUGUCAAUAGUGAUUUACAGGACUCUUUUUUAAAUAAAUGUUAGAAAAAAAAUUUUUUUAUCAUUAGUCAAUUUAUUAAUGUAUACUUUCAACAAGCAAUGAAAGGUGGAAGAAUUCUACUUUUCCCAUUGUAAUGUUUUCUCAAAGACAGUCCCUUGAAAAACUUCUUAACUGAGUUUCUCUACACUUAGAAAUUUAAACUUAUUAACAUGGUAACAUCUUAUAUAUAUGCAUUUGCAUGUGAUGUGUGUAAUGUAUAGUUUAGUGGUUUUUAUUUUUUAAAGAUUACAAUGCAGGAAAUAGUUUUACUGUUGUUAUUAAGAUAGUCAAUCUUUUUUGUAUUAUUGUUAGCUAGAAAGAAAUGACUUGAUGUGUUAAAUAGGAAGAAUUUGUUUUACUUGUUUUUAUAAUGCUGUCUUCUCGUAUUUUUGUACCUUUAUUAAUUAAAUUUUUUAAAAAAUAAAA